CCGGAAGGGGGCUCUGGACUAGGAUCCCUCCCCCUUUCCCUCUGCGUGCCGGAGCGCUUUCAGACCCUCCUCCUCCCAGGUACGAGCCGGGAGAGGAGGGCGCCUCUCUCCUGCCGGCGCUCCACCAUGGGCAAUAUCUCCAAUGACUCCUGGCCCGAGGACUGCGGGUCCCGGCAGUGGCUCCCCUCCGGCGAAAGCCCGGCCAUCAGCUCGGUGAUGUUCUCGGCCGGGGUGCUGGGGAACCUCAUCGCUCUGGCGCUGCUGGCGCGCCGCUGGCGGGGCGACGCGGGACGCAGCGCGGGACGCGGGAACUCGGUCUCCUUGUUCCACGUGCUGGUGACAGAGCUGGUGUUCACCGACCUGCUUGGGACCUGCCUCAUCAGCCCGGUGGUGCUGGCUUCCUACGCUCGGAACCAGACCCUGGUGGCGCUGGCGCCUGAGAGCCGUGCGUGCACCUACUUCGCCUUCGCCAUGACCUUCUUCAGCCUGGCCACGAUGCUCAUGCUCUUCGCCAUGGCCCUGGAGCGCUACCUGUCCAUCGGGCACCCCUACUUCUACCAGCGUCGUGUCACGCGCCGCAGCGGCCUGGCAGUGCUGCCCACCAUCUACGCCGUCUCCCUACUCUUUUGCUCGCUGCCGUUGCUGAACUACGGGCAGUACGUCCAGUACUGCCCCGGGACGUGGUGCUUCAUCGAGCACGGCCAGACUACGUACCUGCAGUUGUAUGCCACCCUGCUGCUCCUCCUCAUCGUCGCGGUGCUCGCCUGCAACUUCAGCGUCAUCCUCAACCUCAUCCGCAUGCACCGUCGGAGCAGGAGAAGCCGCUGCGGGCCCUCCUUGGGCAGCUGCCGGGACGCCCCUGGGGCCCGCAGGAGAGGGGAAAGGCUGUCCAUGGCGGAGGAGACAGACCACCUCAUUCUCCUGGCUAUUAUGACCAUCACCUUUGCUGUGUGCUCCUUGCCUUUCACAAUUUUUGCAUACAUGAAUGAAACGUCUUCCCGAAAAGAAAAGUGGGACCUCCAAGCUCUUAGAUUUUUAUCCAUCAAUUCAAUAAUCGACCCUUGGGUCUUUGCCAUCCUUCGGCCUCCUGUUCUGAGACUAAUGCGUUCAGUCCUGUGUUGUCGGGUUUCAUUAAGAACACAAGAUGCAGCACAGACUUCCUGUUCUAUACAGUCAAAUGCCAGUAAAUAGAUUGACCUUUGUGGACAGUAGUUAAGAAGUGCUUAGUUAGCCAGCAUCUGGAAGAUCAUUUUGAAAUGGCUCCUUGGAGAAAUGAAAAAAGUUAGUUUAUAAACAAAGUGAAGCUACCCUAAUAAAACAGAGUAAACAAACGUUUCAGCAGCAGUUUGUGCUACAGAGGUGCUGACAAGGCACUUCACAGAAGGUGUCAGGAGAAUACAUAAAAGCUGCCCUCGAUGAGCAUGUUACAUGGCCUUUGAGAAAAAACCAACUGCAUUUAGGAUCCGGUUGCCUUUUGAUUUAAGCUUUCUGUUGAAUGAGAGCAUAUGUGGUUUUGUAAUUUGUUUAAAACCCUAAGUAGUUACUGCGUGUUCGAUUUCAAUCAUCUAUGCUACUGCCGCUGUAAACAUACGGUGCACAGUCAGGCCAGAGAAAACUUCACAUGUAUUCUCUACGAAGUCCAUACGAGGAAGCAACCACGCCUGGUGUCUUGUGAUUGCUUAAGAAACCCUUUGUUUGGCCAGUGAAUUUGGAAAUCACAGGCACUUUGUAGUGUCGUAUUUGUGCACGUGGGAGGACUCCCUCGUCACUACAGUAUUACGCGUGGGAAGAGUAAGUAAGCUCAGCUGGUUAACGUCACCUUCUCACUACUCCUCCGGAAGCUGGGUGUCAAAGUAUCGGGUUAUUUAUUUUACAAUGUCCGUUGUGCCGACAGUAAUGAAGAACACUUUCGGAAUUUUCCUCUCAACAAGAAAUAAUAGGCUAUUGAGAGAGUUAAUUCUGAUUAAUAUUCUUCAUUCUAUUUCCAGGGAGAGGCUAUGGGGCUAUGUCUGCAACCAAGUAUUAGAAUUAAGAAUGGAAAUAUCUGAUCAAUUCUCAGUAAACCCUGAAACUCUUCUAAGGCUCAUGCUGAGGCUGUGACUAACAUCUACUUUAUAAGGUGACUGUUGUAGCAAAACUCAUGCAUCUAAGUUUUUAUCCAGGAAACAUGAUUUGACUCAUACUAUAUAGGAAAUAAUGCAACAGUGAGUCAUAUCUUAAUAUGUUUCUAAAUCUAAAUGUUUGCCAUGGUAUAAAAAUAUACCGGCAUUAAAAUAUUUCAGCAAAUUUGCACUGCUUAAUCAUCUUAGUUCCUGCAUAAACUCAUCUGAAAUGUCACAAAAAUAAACUAUGAAACAAAAAUUUAGAAAUGGAAGAGUGUUGAGUUCCCCCAAAUAACAGUUUAUAGAGUAGAUAUAUUUUUUAGGGAGAUAAAAGUGGAAAAAUUAUAUAUAUUUUGGCAAGUUUUUAAAAGUAUGGUUUCAUUGUAAUUUAAAUGUUAAAAUAGUCAGUAUAGUACUUGGUAUUCGAGUAUUUUUUUUUCCUUACAGCAUGAUCUUCAGAAUAGUAGAAACACCUUAUUUAUUUAUUUAUUUUGCAGUGUGUUAUUACAGGAUAGCUAUUAUAAAAAACCAAAAAGGGGAUGUCAGUUUUUUCCAAGGUCUCGUUGAGUUGCUUACGCAAAACCGUUUCCUAUAAGUAGUUAUCAAAGUAGGUGAUCACUUAAAGUGAUUCCAAACCAAUCUAGCAUCAGUAUAUUUUGACACAAUCUAUGUCAAAUCAGCUCUUAUUUUUAAAAGAAUAAAUAAAUGGUUUGCUUUCCUACUGAUUUAAACAAACCAGGCAAAAUUUAACUUAACUGAAAUCUGGACAUGUAAAUAAAUCUUCCCUGCAAACAAGUAUUCUGAAGUUAAGAAAUUGCUCUAAACAGGACUAAUAAUUAUACUCAUGGGUAAUUCCUAAACAUAAAAUUCUAACGUUACUUUGAAUAUGAAAGAUUGAUUUAUGACUAUUUUUUCCUCCAAAUGAAACCAAAUGAAAAUGUUAACUAUAGUCCUUCUCUUCACCUCACCAUCACCCCAAAAUUCUGAAAUAAUGCCUGAGAACCUUAAAAAACAAACAAACAAAAAACAAGAAAAGGCAUAGUUGGACAUAGUAUCUCUAGUGGGAACAAAAUGAUUUACUCUGGGGGCCCAAUAUAUAAAAGUUGAAGCCAUUUAUUUAAGAACUGGUAGAUUUCUAGAGCUUUGUUUCCUGAUGUACUCCUGUUCCUUGUACUGUAUUAAAUGGCUGAGUCCUGUUGUUUUGUUUGCAUAUACACAGAAGGAAUCAAAUGUAAAAAUCCUGUGUAAUAGACAAUCACCUAUUAUUAAUGGCAAUUUAAAGGUAACAGAAAAAAUUAGACGGGUAAAUAUUUCCUUUCUAAAAAUCCCAUCACCUCAGA